CUUUAUGUGGGAGGAAAACCCGAAGUGACGCAGGUCUCGGCCGUUUACUACCUCACAGAAACCCAGGAGCAGGGGUAUGACGAUCAGAAUGUUGUAUGUGCUUGCGAUAAGUCUCUGUGUAGUCCCUCUCUGGGCAGUGAAUAUAGUGCCCCCGGCGCGGUUUGCUCCGCCCGUGAAGAAACCCGGGUUUGGAAACAAGGCCAAGCCAGUCAUCCAGCCCUUCUUCGCUCCCGUCUCCAUCAGCGGCAAUCAGUACCGGCUGUCCAACAUCAUCCUCAUCUCCAAGAUGGCCUUCUUCACAAAGUUCGACCUUAACAAUAACUUCGUCUUAACUGAUGACGAGAUUAAAGCCGCUUUCACCAAAUAUGACGCCAAUGGUGAUGGUGUUCUGGGACGAUGACGAAAUGAGCACCCUCAAUCUGGACACCCUGAAGGCUGCUGCCGACGCCGACAGUGAUGGCGAGGUUACUCGAGACGAAUUCAAUGACGUCUUCACCAAAAUGGACAUCAAUGGUAACGACAGCCUGUAUGUCGGCGAGGUGUAUGCCUACCUCAAACACAACAACUUCAUUUAAUCUUCCCCGAUGAACAUCACGGUAUCUGCGACGAGUUUGGCAGUCAUCCGUUCUCCGACAGGACAGUGACUUCACGUGUCCAUUAUCCAGCACCGUGUACUACCAGUGGUAAUACAUACGCUAUAAGUGUC